GCGGUGCUCCGUCGUCUCCUCGACGGCCUACUGGCGCGUGGCCACCGAGGACCCCUCGACCGAGCUCGCUCCCUACACGGCGGAGCGGGUCCGCGCGGCGUGCGCCUCGCCCACCCCGCCGCGCCUGCUCGCGCCGCUGCGGGUCUUUGCGGUCGAGCGGGCCGGGCGAGGCGACGCGGGCGGAUACGUCGUGCGGGCGCGGUGGGGUCCGCCGGCAGAGCACGCUGGCGGCGAAUACCGGGCGCCGCUGCAGCCCGCCUCCGCUGCCGAGGAGGCGCCCGCCGAGGGGAGCGAGGUGUCGCUGUGCACGCCGCAGCCGCCGGUGCUAUGCGCUGGCUUCGAGGGGAGUGUUCUCUCGGGGGUGGCGAAGGGCUUGUUCGAGUGGGGCGCGAAGAAGGAGAAGGGCAACCAAGACGAGGGCCCCGGCGAGGGCGGUGAGGGCGGCGAGGGCAAGGAGACGGGGGGCGAGGAGAAGGAUGGCGCAGCCGCAGGGUGCGCCGAGGGCGCCCCGCUUCUCACAGAGCAGGACGAGAGCACAAAGACGCCGGGCCUCUUCCUCGUCGGGCCGGCCGUGAGGCACGACGGAACGACCGCGACAUACGCCUCAUCGCCCGGCCGGAGAGACGCGACGCUCUGUUUGUGCGCUUCCUCCACCGUCAGUGCCUCUGUCGUGCUCUUCGAGGGGCCGAGAUUGAG